AAAAUCUUUCGUAAAGAAGAGAAAACCUUCUGAGAGGUUUUAGGUUCUUCUCAAGAGAUACAGUGAACAACUCCUCUGUUGCCCGCUAGGGUUUCUGAUUGUCUCAUCAUCGUCUCUCUCCCUCACAAGCACGACGCCAUGGACAGAUACCAGAAGGUCGAGAAGCCCAAACCUGAAUUACCUAUUAGCGAAAAUGAGAUCCGAAUCACUAGUCAAGGCGCCAUUCGAAACUACAUCACCUAUGCUUCUACGCUGCUUCAGGAAAAACGUGUCCGAGACAUCGUCUUGAAAGCAAUGGGACAGGCAAUCAGUAAAGCAGUGGCUAUUGCAGAAAUUUUAAAGAAGAGAAUAUCACGGUUACAUCAAGAAACAGCCAUCAGCUCAGUUAGUAUAACUGAUGUAUGGGAACCCAUUGAAGAGGGUCUUGUACCGGUGGAGAUGACACGUCACGUUUCAAUGAUUUCAAUUACCCUGUCCAAUCGAGAGCUAAAUAAGAAUUCUCCGGGGUAUCAAGCUCCACACUUUGUGGAACAGCCAAAGCAACAAUAUAACAAUCAGCAGCAGCAGCAGCAGCAGCAGCAGCCCCAACAACCACCACCCAGACAACCUCGCGUUUAUCACAAUGCUGUUAAUGAAGAUCCAUAUGGUCAAGGCAGAGGGCGUGGUAGAGGGAGAGGGCGUGGUUGGGGAAGAGGUGGAUAUGGGAACUAUCAAGGUGGAUACGGCAACUACCAAGGUGGAUAUGGCCACUACCAAGGUGGCUACGGCCACUACCAAGGUGGUUCUGACAACUACCAAGGUGGUCCUGGCUAUUAUCAAGAUAAUGGUGGAUACUCGAAUUGGGGACGAGGAGGUGGGCGGAGUAGAGGCUGGGCCUACCGUGGAGCUGGAUACGAAAGAGGCAGAGGAGGAGGAGGUAGAGGUUAUAGCCGUGGACGGGGGCGAAUGGGUGGUCACACAAGGGGGGGCGGCGGGGGAAACCAGGCUUAGGUGAAUCAAACCGCACCCGACUCGUUCGUUCUUCCUACCUCUUACUUGAGCUUAAACACUUGCCUUGGCCAGUGGGAUGAAUUAUAUCACAUAUUUGUUUUGGUAGCUUGAAAUUCAGUUUUUUUCACAAUUUCCAGCGCUUUUAGGCAGUGUCUUCUUUUUCUUUUCAGCAUUGUAUUUUGGUUCCAUGUCUUUGCAUUUAGCUUAAAGAGAGCAAUCAGUUUAUUGUUAUUAUUGUAAUUCGUUUUUACCCAUGUCAAAUGACCAAAAUGCCCUCAACAAUUAAACAUUA